AUGAUUCUGCUCGAGCAAAAUAAUCGCAUCAUCACUGAGUUACUGGAUUUGAAGUUCACGAACGCAAAAGAAGGAGGAAAACCAGAUAACGUAGACGCACAAUUUGCCGACUAUGAUGGUGUUUUGUAUCACGCUUCGAAUCCUGAUGGGGACAAAACGAAGAUUCGACUGAGCAUUGCAUUGAAAUUUUUCAAGGAACUCCAAGAGCAUGGUGCGGAUGCUUUACUGCGUCGAGAAUAUGGUUCUUACUUAACCACACCUGAACCUGGAUAUAACGUUUCGUUGCUGUUUGAUCUCACGGCUCUUCCUGCUGAUCAUUCUGCCCUGAUUCAAAAAGCAUCCAUGCUAAAAAGGAAUUGUUUCGCUUCUGUCUUCGAGAAAUAUUUUGAAUUUCAAGAAACUGGACAGGAAGGAGAGAAGAGAGCAGUGAUCAACUACAGAGAAAAUGAAACUAUGUACAUAGAGGCAAAAUCUGAUAGAGUUACAGUCAUAUUCAGCACGAUUUUUAAGGAUCCGGAUGAUGUGAUCAUUGGGAAAGUGUUUCUUCAGGAGUUCCGUGAAGGACGUAAAGCGAGUCAGACUGCACCAGCAGUACUGUAUUCGCUAGGAGAACCUCCACUUGAACUAAGGGAUCAACCAGGAGCCCGAGUUGGUGAAAAUGUCGGCUACAUUACGUUUGUGCUCUUUCCACGACACACCAACAAGAACGCACGAGACAACACCAUCGAUCUGAUACAUACAUUCCGUGAUUAUUUACACUACCACAUCAAGUGUUCGAAAGUAUACAUGCACUCAAGAAUGCGAUCAAAAACGAACGACUUCCUGAAAGUUUUGAAUCGUGCUCGCCCAGAAGUAAAGUUGGAGAAGAAAACCUUCAGUGGGCGAUCUUACGUACCUAGCUAG